AUGUAUGUGGGAUACCUACUGGAUAAAGAGACCGGCAUGUAUCACCAAGGCCCAGUCAGAAGAUCCAGCAUCAAUCUACCCCCUCAGAACUUCGUCUCCACGCCCCAGUACCCCGACUUUAGCGGAUACCAUCAUGUCCCCAACAUGGACUCUCACGCGCAGUCUGCAGGGAGCUGGGGGCCCUCGUCGUACGGAGCCCCCCGGGAGGACUGGGGCGCCUACAGCCUCGGACCCCCAAACGCUCUCCCCACGCCCAUGAACAACUCGUCCCCCGCACAGGUGCCCUACUGCUCGCCCGAGUACACCCACAUGCACCCGCCGGCCUCGGCGGUGCUGCAGCCGCCGCCGCCGGACAACGUCAGCGGGGCGCAGCUCUCCCCCGACCGGGAAAGACGCAACUCCUACCAGUGGAUGAGUAAAACCGCGCAGUCGUCCUCCACAGGGAAAACAAGAACGAAGGAGAAAUACCGGGUCGUCUACACAGACCACCAGAGGCUGGAGCUGGAGAAGGAGUUUCACUUCAACAGAUACAUCACCAUCAGGAGGAAAGCUGAGCUGGCUGUCAACCUGGGGCUCUCAGAGAGACAGGUGAAGAUCUGGUUCCAGAACCGCCGCGCUAAGGAGAGGAAGCUGAUCAAGAAGAAGAUGGGUCAGUCGGACGGCAGCGGGGGCUCCGUGCACAGCGACCCGGGCUCGGUGAGCCCCCUGGCGAUGCCGGUCCCUGAGUCCCUGCACGGACAUCCACGGUGGUCUGUACCCCCCGCAGGGCAUGAACACGUUGCCGUCCAUCAGGAAUAUACAGCCAGUGACUGUCACUCAGUGAUGACACGGGUCACCUUCGUGGACCCACGGAACCAAACGGAGCACUCCGACACGCUGCAGGACACUUGACGAGCAUGCAGGCAACCAGAGCACCCAGUCUGGGCCCCCACACUCCCUCCCAGCGGCUACACCUUGGGAUUUAUUAUUAUUAUUACUGCUGGAGCUUCUAUCUUCACAUAACGGCCUUUUAUAGAAUAGUUGGAAUAACAUUGGGGGGGGGAGGUUGCUGGAAAAAUACUGAAAAAAGCUUGAAAUUCUUUGUGACUUAAUAAGAU